AUGCUUGCCCGCGUGAACAAACUUGUGCCUUACAAUGCCGAGCAAGAGUCCCAGAAAUGCGGUGCCAAGUACAGCAAGGCUACGCUGCCAUUUGUAUCCUAUGCGGUGUUCGACGGCAACCUGGCGACUGGGCAGAACCCUGGGUCGGCCAAGGGGACGGCCAAGGGGGCCGGCGUCACCCCGGCCAGUGAAUGGUACAUUUUUCAGCUUGCUCUGAAACCCCUUCCGCCGUCCGGAGCGAUACAAUUCAUGGCCAAGGUCGCAGACGUGCAGCAGAUGGCACCGAGGCGGCACUUUAUAGAUGGCCCACAUGAGAACAGAAGACUAUUUCUCAAUAUUUACGUUUCCGAGGGUCCGGUCCCGAGAGCCCCUCUAUAUGGCUAUUCUUCACCAGGAACCAUGUCGGCUUCGAUUUCAUCCAUGUCAUCCCUCCCUACCGAGCUUAGGCUUGGACGCUUAUCAUAUUCCACCGAUGUAAAAGCUGCUGGCGCUUUUCAGCUCUCAAUCCAACGCCCGAGUCUCUACACCCACCGGCGAGUGCACGUUUAA